CGCGGUCACACUGACCACCUACUCGUUUUUAGUUUUUGUUAACAACUUUUAUUUAUUUUAUUUAGCACGGGCUCCGGGGCUGGUUUUGGCCAAUUAUUUAACGGACGUGACGCGUGUGCCAUUGUGCACCAGCCGCAGUGCCUUAGCAGCUGUUCGCGGACAGCCUGCAGAACGAACGAAAACGUUCCAAUUGUACCAGGUCUUCGUUCCCUCCCCCCCUCCGCCAACGCCACCGCCCCUGAAGCAAGAGAGCCCCAAGCGAGGCUACGAGCACGGCACGGAAAUGCCAUUUAAAUUCUUGAAAAAGUGUCGCCAAUAUAAUGUGACGUCUAAAAGUUUAUUUGUUAUAUCAGUGCAUCAUUUGUUGGACACCUCCAGCACCGUCGAUUGCACCAUCAGUUCGGAGAGCAAGGGCCAGGAGUGCUUGGACAAUGUCUGCCAGCGUUUGCUCAUCCAGCAGCCAGAGUUCUUUGGACUGCGUUACCUUGUCCGUGGCAAGGAGGAUGAGUACAAAUGGAUCGAUCUGGAGCGAUCGCUGAGCCGGCAGCUGGAAAAGUAUGCGGCGGGGCCAAAGAUCUAUCUGCGUGUGCGGCACUAUGUGACGACGGGUGUGCGUCACCUGAGCGACGAGGCCACCAGAUUCUACUACUUUCUGCAGCUAAAGAGCGACAUUUAUGAGGGGAAGAUCGCCUGCGAUAUUCGUACCGCGAUCCUGUUGGCUCUGUACUGCCGCCAGGCGGAAUACGACAGCUACCAGGGGGACAAGCAGAGCAAGGAUUACCUAAAGAAGUCGCUGGUGCUGCCGCGCAAUAUGCAAGGACUGGCCAACGAUGACAGCAUGCUGGAGGGCCUCGUUAUGGAGGUGCUGCAGCAGCAGGCCACCCUCGCGCAUCUCACCCAGAGCCAGGCGGAGGAGAUGUACAUUCAGUGCUGCCAGCAGCUAGAUGGCUAUGGGGAGGAACGCUUCUCCGCCAAGGAUACGCUCGGGAACGAUCUGCUGCUGGGUCUGGCCAUCAACGGGAUGGUGGUGAAUGCCGACAACGGACGGCAGUACUUUCCCUGGAAGGACUUUCACACGGUGACCAUCGACAAGCGCACCAUCAAGAUCGAACAGAACAAGCUCGAUGGCGAUGGCAGCAUUGUGGGCAGCUUCAUCUUCGGGGAGGCGGACACCGCACGCUACUUCUGGAAGCUGUGCAUCAGCCAGCAUAAGUUCUUCAAGCGCUACAUCGACACGGCCACGCCCUCGAGCAUGGGCAGUGCCGCGGACGUAGAGAGCAGCGGCCACAUUGGAGGCGACAGCGUGGGCUACGUGGAUUAUGACUAUGGAGAGGCGGCAGCCGUCGAACAACUCCAGCAGCAGCAGCAGCAACACCAACAGAUGCAACAGCAGCAGCAGCAGCAGCAGCUACAACAGCAGCAGCAACAGAUGCAACAGCAACACCAACUGCAGCAGCAGCAGCAGCAGCAACAGCAACAUCAGAUGCUAUCCUCCAAUAUGUCCCUCACGACCAGCGCCAAUCACAGCCACAGCCAGCUCUUGGGGCAGAGCAGCUCCUGCCUCGAUUUGAGCAACAAUAAUCUGCACAGCAGCAAUGGAAUGCUCCACCACAACAACAACAACGAGGAAAGGGAGCGCCUCAAAGCCAUGCUACCCACUUAUAGACCCGCACCGGACUACGAGACAGCCGUCCAGCUGAAAUAUCGCACUCCCUCCGCCGAGCUGCAUAACGUGACGCUGGCAUUGGCCGCCCCGGGAACUGCCUACUAUGCGGGCUCCCAGCCGGAUGUCCACAAUCCGGCCGGAUACAAUGAGAACGUAGUCUUUGGCCACCUGACGGCGCAUCGGUAUCCGGAUGUGGCCCAGCCAGCCGCUGCCCUGCAUCAUCACAUCAAUCUCUACCAGACCCAGCAGCAGCAGCAGCAGCAACAACAGCAGCAGCAGCAGCAGCAACAGCAACAGCCAGCUGUGGGCACGGCCCAAGCGUAUCUGGAGCUAUCGCAGCGGAUGCACAUGAUGCGGCACAAGGCACCGCCGCCAUAUCCCGUCAAUCGAUUGAGCUCCUCAUCGACGCCCGAUCUGGCUGUGGCCACGCCCCGACCGCUGCAGGGAUACCGCAACUAUGUGAGCGGUUCAUCGCCAGAUCUAGUCUCCAAUCGCACGCUCCUCAAUGGCGGACAGUUUGUGGCAUUGGCAGCCGGUGGACAUGGCGGCAAUAUGCCCACAUCCUCGGGUGCCACCAUGCUGCAUCACUAUAUAGGACACAUGGGACACUCGCAGCCGUAUUUGCCGCCGCACGGCACCUUCGAGAACCUCAAUAUGAUCGAGGAGCAGCCGUCCAUUAUGUCGCAGCUGCGGCAAUCGGCCAUGAGUCAGGCGGCGGCACAAGCAGCCACACAGAGCUCACCCACACUGCCGCCGAGUGGCUAUCGCAGCUCUGCACCACCGCCAGCCAGCAGUCCACAGCCACCGACGGUGGUGGUGCCACCACAGAAAUCCACCACGCCCACGCCCUUACAGCGGAGCGUAAUUAACGGUUCGAUUGAGCCAAUCUACGAGAAUGUGCCACUGCCACUGCCACAGAGGGCCUCGGGUGGCAGCAGUGGAGCCGCAGCUGCCCACGCCGAGGCAAUGCGUCAGCGCGCCUCCUCCAUACAGUCGGCGCCGCCAGGGGUGGUGCCCGUGCCGGCAGUGCGUCAUGCCAGCACCAAUAACGUGGUCACCGUGACGGUGAAUGCCCAGCCGCCGAAUGAUGAGCUUACGCGCAAUAUACAGAAGUUUGCAGCAGAUCGGGCGGUGAGCAGCGAGAUGCAGUUCCUGGAGCCACAGGCACCGCAGAGGGCGGCACGGGCGGCCAGUGCUGCGCCGGCUAUAGGGGCAACAGCGCCACCGCGUCAGCAUAGGUCCACGGCGAGCCUCAAUAAAUCCACGACAGUGGAUGUGAUUUCACCCGCAGGCGAUUCGCUUCAUCAACAAUUUAGUGCCAUGAAUCUGUCAGCUAAUACGUCAGCAUCCACCUCAUCCAUGUUCAAUUCGACGCUGGACACCACCUCCUCGUCGGCGGCCAGCAAAGAUGGCAAGCGGAAGAAGCGCUGGAAUUUUCUGGCGCGCAGCAAAACCCCCGACAAGCAGAAGGCGGCCACGCUGGGCAGAGAGAAGGCCACCUCAUCCAAUCAGCAUGCUAAGUUGGCGGCAAAAAUGAAGCUGGCCCAAGACGAUCUCAACCUGCCCAAUCGUUGGUCAACGGGAGUGAGCAAACCGCAGCCCAUAUCGGGCCAAUAUUCCAAGGAUAAACUGUGCCAGAUUCUCAAUGAGAAACUACAGGAUACGCAGCUGUUUAUGGAGUUUGAACGCAUACCGAAGCGACGUGAGCAUGCGCUGUACGAUUGCGCCUUGCUGGAGGAGAACGAACCGAAGAAUCAUGAUCCCAAUUUUCUGCCCUACGACGAUAAUCGUGUGAGACUGACGCCCUCAAUGGACAAUCGCCAUGGCUAUGUGAAUGCCUCGUAUAUAUCGGCCACUGUGGGCACUAAGCAGCGCUUUUAUAUUGUGGCACAAUCCCCGCAAGAGUCACAAACGAUGCGCAUCUUCUGGCAGUGUGUGUGGGAGGCCGAUGUCUAUUUGGUGGUGCAGCUAACCGAGGAUAUGAGCUACAUUCCACAGAGCAGUCAGCAGCGUUUGGAGUUUGGACAGUUUCAAGUAUAUCAGGAGUUCUCACAGACCACCGAUCGUUGCACCACCAGCAAACUGCGUCUGUAUCAUGCACCCUCGCGUCGCUAUCGUUCUGUGUGGCAUUUGCAGUACGCCGACUGGGCGGAACAGAAUUGUCCGCGUGAUGUCAAUCAUUUUCUUGAUUUUCUCGAGGAGCUCAACUCUGUGAGAUUGGCCUCGACACAUGAGGUGCCGCCAGGACACAAUACGAAUCCGCCGGUGCUCAUCCACUGCCUGGAGGGUGGUGGGAGGUCUGGUGUAACCCUAACAGCGGAUCUGUUGCUUUAUACCUUAGAUCACAAUGAGGACUUGGACAUACCACGUGUCAUUGGACAGCUGCGUCAUCAGCGGGACAGCAUUAUACCAUCCCUGGCGCAAUAUAAAUUCAUAUACAAUCUGCUCAUCACGUAUCUGAAGCGCACGAGAUUGAUUUAGUAGAGAAACAGGGACAGGAGGGCAGUGGCCAGAGGGCA